UGCAGGGUCUGGGGAGACCAGAUAUAGUGAAUGCAGGGUCUGGGGAGACCAGAUAUAGUGAAUGCAGAGUCCGGGGAGACCAGAUAUAGUGAAUGCAGGGAGACCAGAUAUAGUGAAUGCAGGGUCCAGGGGAGACCAGAUAUAGUGAAUGCAGGGUCCGGGGAGACCAGAUAUAGUGAAUGCAGGGUCCUGGGAGACCAGAUAUAGUGAAUGCAGGGUCCUGGGAGACCAGAUAUAGUGAAUGCAGGGUCCGGGGAGACCAGAUAUAGUGAAUGCAGGGUCCGGGGAGACCAGAUAUAGUGAAUGCAGGGUCCGGGGAGACCAGAUAUAGUGAAUGCAGGGUCCGGGGAGACCAGAUAUAGUGAAUGCAGGGUCCGGGG